CCUGCACAAUACAGAUCUAUGUGUGUUACAGUCCUCCCCCCACCUCCCAAUUGUUUAGAAUAACUACUAAGCAAAGUGGCAGAGUAGGUACAGUGAAACGGCUGACAUCACUGAAAUUCUGUUCUGCUCCACAGCAGUUCAUUCGGUAAAGGUAGUGGACAUCAUUCAUUGGACAAGAGGAGUUCAGAGGAGGAUAGGUCCACAGAAAGCGGCUGUUAAGCAUCAGUUAUUGUUGAACUUCUCUGUGAGUCUAUUCUGAAACCAGGUGACAGCAAGAGAUGGUAAGUAAUAAUUACUAUUAUAAUCUGAUUAUGUCUACAUUUUCAACACCCAAGUAUUGAUCAUCAUUAUAAAAACACAGUGCUCAAAAGUCUGCAUUUAUUUUAUUGAUCAUUCUUUUAAAUAAUAUUUUUUUUAUAAGUGUGUGAAAUAAAAUGUCUUCUUUUUAAGAAAUACAAUAUUUUAAUAUUGCAAUGUUCUCAAUACGCUUCAUAAAUCAAUUUUAAGAUAUUUUAGAGCGUUAAUCAGAACUGCAGAUGUUUUGACAUUUGGUUUGACACACACAUACACACACACACACACACACACACACAGGUGUAUAAUGACACAGAUCAUGACUUGUCUUAUGAAACCAUAUAGUGUCAUGAUAACUUGUCAAAAGAGGUUAUUCUAAAAAAGCGUGUGCCCACUUGUUUAUCAACAACAGGCCUCUGAAGCAUGUCUCAUACAAAAUAAAUAGAUAUGUACAUAUUGUCUUUUAUCAAACAGACUGAGAUAAGACAUAGAAUGUCACUGGAGCUUAAGGGUUAAUUAUUUAAUUAAAAUAAUAAUUAUAAAAUAAUAAGUAAAAAAAUAUUUUAAUUAUUUAAAAUGCAAACAAGAUAAUGAUGAAAAAAAGGUCAUAGUAGUAUUCUCAUAGAACAUGUGUCAUGUCAUACUAUCGUGCAAAAAAUAAAUUUAAAAAAUUGAUUUACAUUGAUAAUUCGACAUUUAGCAUGCCCAGCAAUGACAAACCUCUUCAUUACAUGUUUUCAUUGUUUCUGUAAAACUAAUACUAUAAUAAUAAUAAUAAUUAAAUACUAUAAUAAUAAUUAUGAUUUUAUUUAAACCAUAUUCUGGAUGAGUCAACAUAUGCUUAAUAAUCCAAACAGGUCAGUAAUUUACCUAUACAGGAAAACUGAGCAAUCAACAAGUUUUAGCAGACAGUUUUAAUUAUGUGUAGAAGAUAUUGGUGGCAACAAGUUAGCAUGUAUAAGAAUUGUCACACUAAAUAUUCCACAGGAGAGAAAAAGCCAUAAACUAUACAGGCACUGUCACUCUUGGGUGCCAUUGAAAGCAAGUUAAGGAGGAGUGGGGGGCAUUUGCCACAUUUUGUCCUACGCUGCUGACACCUAUGAAAACACAACUUGCUUCUUUAAUGGUCCAUAUUUAUUCUUAUUUAUUACUGAAAAUGAAAUCUCAUGCUUUUUAAUAAAUUAGUUCCAUUACAGAAACAAUAAUUGCUUUGUUUCUGCAACUAGACUCUAAGCAGGAGAGACGUGCAAAAAGGAUAGGGGAGGGUGUGUGGAAAAGAUGAUACACCUCGUCGGGAGGCAAAGGCAAGGUAGAGAGAAAGUGAUAGUGUUGGAGGAAGGGACAAUUUAAAGGGACACUCUUAGCACAAUAACUAGAACAGCUUAUUGUAGCAGUUACGGUAAAGUCCUAGUGAAACCAUUUUUGGGAUGAAAAAACGUGGCUCUCCCCAAUCAAAAUCCAGUCUCUGUGCAGCUGCCAAGACAAUAUAUAUAAUCCCACUUCUAUAUUCUCUGUACAAAUCGUUACAGACUGGUUAGAUAUAUUGGCUGUCAUUGAUGCUUAGUGGGUUCAUUACUGGAACAAUUAAUUACACCUAUUGUUAUCACAAUAUGGAGCGGUAUAAAUUCAAAUGCUGUCGCAGAAUGGUUUAGAAUUUUGUGAAAAUCUCUUUAUUUAAAAAUUUUACAUUCAAAUGAACCCUCAUUGCUCCUACGCGUUUGCUCAUUCUCUGAGCAAAGCUAAAGAUGGUUUACAAAAUUUGCAUUCAUGUCCCCUGUACUUCCAGGUAAAGUGUAAACACAAUGAUUUGUUUCAAGAUUUGCUUGAUGUCGUCAUGGCAUUCAUAAUUACAUUUAAGUGUGCAUUCACUUAUUAUUGAUUCUAGUCGUUAAUUAUAAAGAUAAUACAUUAAGCUCUACCCUUUAUUACAAAAUGACAGUGAAGGUCAUGUAGGAAAGAGAACAAUAUUUAGGGAAUAGUAAUAUUCCAGAGGGUUUGCAUAUAUAGAAACAAUAUACAUUUUAUAUUUGCACUUUUAACAAAUACUGUCAUUGUGACUGUGGCAGUAAAUGUCGAUGGGAAAAAAAUAAAGAAUUAAUUUUUGCACCUCUUUCUUAAGCAUUAUGAACAUCAAAACUCUGAACAAAAAAAACAAACAAAACAUUAAAACCGCACAAGAAAACAAUGGCGCAGCGAGGUAUUAUUUGGCAGAAAGACAUACUUAAAUAGAUGCAAAUUGCAAAAUACAUCACAAUAGACAUAUUAAAAGCAACUGCAACACGUUUAAGCCUAUUAUUAACCCUAUAUUUUUACAUUGUGCUACUGAAAUUGGCAACAAAUAUAUAGCUUAAAUAAUAUAGUUAUUUAAGUGUGCACUGUAUGUCUAUAAAGCAAGCGCAAUUAAAAUAAAAUUAAAAUAAAUGUAUCGUACUGAAUUCCAAUCUAAUGUACAUAAUGUUAUCUGAAAUCAUAUUGAUACAAAUGUAGUGAUGUUUUCAAAGUGAGAUCCAUCUUCGUCAGGAUUGCAUUUCAAAUACCAAUCAAUAUUUGGCUGAUGGGUACAUAAAACCAAUACAAUCAGCUUCACUUUGUCAUGUACCCUGGGACCUGAGGAGGGCAUUGCAAGUGACACCUAUAACAGGCAGGUCUGCCCACUUACUAAAACAACCAUACAGGGAGCGCUGCUGGAGCAGUCUCUGCAUGGUCCGCAGCAGAACGCGAGAGCAUUGAAUGAUGUGCUCGCGUUAUGCUUCCCGGGGACUGGGGACACCAGGGAUUUAAAUUGGGAUGGCAUGACAGGAUCCUGAAAGCAGCACUGUCCCAGGAUUGUUGGGUGGCAUGUGAGAUAAAACUUAAAGGAUCACUAUAGGGUCAGGAAGACAAACAUGUAUUCCUGACCCUAUAGUGUUAACACCACCAUCUAGCCCCCCUGAGCCCCUCAUGCCUCCAUAAAUAUAGCAAAAUCUUACUGUAUUCAAGCCAGAAGCUGUAGAUCUGCAUGCUGUUAGAUUCAGAAAAACAAGCUGUCUGCUGACAUCAUCAGAAGUGGUAGCCUGAUCCAAUCACAAUGCUCCCCUAUAGGAUUGGCUAAGACAGACAAGGAGGCAGAUCAAGGCAGAGCCAGCAUGAUUCAAACACAGCCCUGGCCAAUCAGCAUCUCCUCAUAGAGAUGAAUUGAAUCAAUGAAUCUCUAUGAGGAAAUUUCAGUGUCUGCAUGCAGAGGGAGGAGACACUGGAUUUUUGGAUGGAUUUUAGGCAGCCAUGACCCAGGGAGGAUCUCUAACAGCCAUCUGAGGAGUGGCCAGUGAAGUUAUCACUAGGCUGUAAUGUAAACACUGCAUUUUCCCUGAAAAGACAGUGUUUACAGCAAGAAGCCUGAAGGUAAUGAUUCUACUCACCAGAACAAAUUCAAUAAGCUGUAGUUGUUCUGGUGACUAUAGUGUCCCUUUAAAAUUUGUGCGUUCCUCUCCCCCACAGCCAUACCCCAUUCCCCCCUUCUCUCUCCCCCACUUCACUGCUUUUUUUUCAUCUUCCCUUUUGCCAUAAUCUAUACAUACCCUUAACACAUUUAAUCUCCAAAUUCUUUAGUCUUCCAUUCCACCCCCCUUUUGCCACUUUUGCCUUAUUCAUAAUCAUUUUGUCAUAUUCCCUAAUUUGUUCACCUAUUGUCAAAUUUCCCCAAUUCAUGUCCUCUUCCUCUCCAGUCCUGCUGAGGUUCCCCAUGGAAUUAAGAGAGAGUUAAAUGUGGUGAGUUUGUUACUUUAAAGUGCAUUUUCCACGUUUGUGAUACAGGAAGCAGGUCUGCAAUGUGAGGUCCUAUCCCAUCACCUGCUUCCUGUUUGAUAUGCAUCUGUCCAGGGAUGGCAGGGUGGAGUUUGCGCUACCUAGUGCAUGCCAGGUCUUCCAACACUAGACACCAGGAAAAUAGAGACUAUUGUGGCCCAUCUCCUUUUCGCAUAACACUGAGAAGCAGUUUGGAAAAAAAUACAAUGAAUUAUAUAGGCAUAUGCUUGUUUCACUAGCCCAAGAAGGAGUUUAAGCACUUAAGCAUCUGUGGCAUCUCAUUACAGAUCUAUUUAAAUUGUGAUAUCGGGUCUGAGCAAGUUAUUGGGGUAGUGACAUAGUUACAAAGCUGAAAAGAGACUUGCAUCCACCAAAAUGGCAGUGAGAUAGAUCCUUGGAUCAAACAGCUAUUACCCCACUAAUUAGAACAUUAUAUCCCUGUAUGUUAUGUUUUUGGAAGUAUUUAUCCAAUUGCUGUUUUAACAUCUGAUUGGACUCUGAUCAAACCACUUCUUCAGGCAGAAAAUUCCAUACCUUAACUGUAAAAAAAAUAAAAAAACCUUUUCUUUGCCUUAGAUAAAAUCUCCUUUCUUCCAACCUAAAUGCGUGACCUCAUUUCCUAUAUAUAGCCCUGUUUAUGAAUAGAUUUCCACACAAUAAUUUGUAUUGGCCCUGGAUAUAUUUGUAUAAUGUUAUAAUAUCCCUUCUGAGAUGAUGAUUUUCUAAAAUAAAGAGGUUUAAAUGUGUUAACCUUUCUUCAUAGCUGAUAUGGUCCAUUCCUAUUAUUAAUUUUGUACUUUUUGGACUUUUUCUAGUGCCAUAAUAUCCUUCUUUAGAUCAGGUGCCCAAAAUUGCACAGCAUAUUCAAGAUGUGGUGUAACCAGUGAUUUAUAAAGAGGCAAAUGAAAGAAUGAAUGCCCUUUUUUAUGCAUGACAAUACCUUACUGGCCUUAGCCACUGGUGAUUGACAUUGUACACCGUUGCAUAGUUUGUUGUCUAUAACAAUUCCCAAGUCCUUUUCGUGUGUUGUUAUCUCUAAUUUGCUUCCAUUAAGGGUAAACGUUGCUUGUGCAUUCUUUACGCCAAAGUGCAUAACUUUGCAUUUUUCCACAUUAAACUUAAUCUGCCAUUUGAGUGCCCAGUCCCCCAGUCUAUCUAAAUCCCUCUGCAGCAAAGUAAAGUAAUAAUACAAAAUCCAAAUAGAUCACAUCCACUGCAACAACCUGAUCUAUACUUCUACUUACUUAGUUAUUAUUUAUAAAGUGUCAACCUACUUCUUAGUAAUUCACUAAACAAUAAUGACAUCACAUGUUUUGUGUAUAGGAAGAGGUGAUGAGGACACAGUACAUAUAAAUUGCAUAACCUAGUUACAGGGUUUAUAGUAUUUGUAGAAAAGAAGGAGAAAUUGUGUUAGAGCCAACAACAAAAAAGGGGGUGAGGGGUUAUCAGACAGAUAUAGAGAUAGGAAUAAAAUGGUUAUCCAAUAUGCUUCCCUAAAGAAUUUGAGAAUUUAUUUAAGAUUUGUUUAAAGGACAGCACACUAAGAGAAGGUCUAAUGGGAAGAAAUAUUUCCUAAUAACUUAGUAGUCCUAGAGGCAUAUUGUAAAUGAAAGUGGAGUGCAGGGGUGGAAUCCACAAACAUAAGCCAUUGGCAGAGCGAGGAACCAAGAUAGACUGUACUUUACUAAGAAUAAAGCAGUCAUGGAAGGCACAAUCGGUAACAAGGAUUUACAUUUAUAAUCUCAAAUGCAGAAUAAGAAUACACAAAGUAUUAGUGAACUACGUGGGGGAAAAGGUGAGGAGAUAAACUAGGUACCUGCUUUUGUAAUGGACUGUAAGGUGGAAAUCUGGCCAUGUAUAAGACUGAAGAAGAGUAGGGUGCAAAGAAAUAAAUGGAAAAAUCUGAAUGUAAAGAGUUGUAGUUAUGUUUUGUAGUAGAAAAAUGGAAAUAUGAGCUAUAUUUUAGAGUAAAAACAGCAACAGAACAUGGAAAUUGACUGGAUGUUAGGACUGAAUGACAGGUCAGAACCAAAAAGCUGGCAAUGUUUUAGUGGACUAAGAAUCGGGAAGUCAUCCAAUCAGAUGGAAAAGUUAGUUUGUGAUGUAAUCAAAGAAGCAAAAUGAUCUUUCUUUCUGAAUAAUUGGAUUAACAUUGCUAACAAUAUUCUUCAUAUUCUUACUACUCUCUAUCUCUCACAUGGACUUGGGCACACCUGCUCCAUGUUCUUCUACUCUCCUUUCUUUAGUCCUGUUUCCUAUUCUCUAUCUCCACUUUUCUUUAUUCUGUUUACAUACUUUGUAUCCAACUCCCCUCAUUCUCUCUCAUCAUCCACCCUUCCCUACUAGCCCCCCUCCUUUCUCAACACUAUAACCAAAGCACUGGGUAAUGGCAUCACCGGGAUUUGGCACCACUCACUUCAGUGUUAUUUUGAUUUGCAUUGCCAUUCUCAUGGGCAUAUUAAAGCCCUGGUGCCAAUUUUAUAGCCCCCUCCUUCUUCCUUUUUUCCAUUAUCCAUCGACACUUUCACAUUCCUCCUACCUACACUCAUGGUAUCUUUUAUGGACUUCAUCGUAGUUUCAUCAUAACUUAACAAUCAUUCAUUCAACACUUUUUUAAAGUUGACUGUUUUUAUUUGUACUCUUUCUCUGCUGACUCCUUACCAGAAUUGAUCCCUUUGCUUUCUUUUUUUCCCUCCUGUUAUGUUCCCCUUUUCUAAAUGUUAUUAAUUUAAAAAAAAACUAAAAAAGAAUAUAAAAAAAAAAAAAAGUAGCAGGAUAAUAGAUUGAGGGAUAAUCUAAUAUCUUGGUGUCCUCAAUAUAGACUUUAUUAGAUUGCCAAGAGAACACGGUGACCAAAUAGGUGGACCAAACAGAGCUUUGAGGAACCCCAACUGGGAGAGGCAGCAUGGAGGAAAACCAGUAACACGAGAGAGCAGUGUCCAAGUUAUAAUAGUGAGAUUCAGGCCCGGACUGGCCAUCGGGCACACCGGGCAAAUGCCCGGUGGGCCGCGGUGGCCAUGGGCCGAGGCCGGCAGGGGAGGUCCCAGGAUCUCCCCUGCCGGUCUAUGCAGGGCCGGCGCUAUCCGAGCGCCGGCCCCGCUGUGUUCCAUGAAGGGCCGGUGGGGAGAUCAAAGAUCUCCCUCACCGGCCCACAUGCAUUCAAACGCGGCCGCCGGCGGGGAGAGAGGGAGGGAGCCAGCCGCCAGGAGAGAGGACCCGGCGGAGCUCUAACUUGCAGCUCCGCCGGGUUUCUCUCGCGAGAUCCGGACCGUUGCUAUGGCAACCGGCCGGGUCUCGCGAGAGUGAACUCUAGCCCCAAAGGGCUAGAGUUCACUAACCACGAGGACCACCAGGGAUGGCUGGCAGGAGCACGACCCCCCCCCCCCUUCCAGACUACAGGUAAGAAUAGAGGGGGUGGGGGGGAUAUAAUGUAUUUAUUAUUAUGUAUUUAUUAUUAGUAUUUAUUAGUAUGUAUUUAGUAUGUAUUUAUUUUUAUUAUUUAUUAUUAGUAUUUUUAUUAGUAUGUAUUUAUUAUUAGUAUUUAUUAUUAUGUAUUUAUUUUUAUUAUUUAUUAUUAUUAUUAUUUAUUAUUAUGUAUUUAUUUUUAUUAUUUAUUAUUAUUAUUUAUUAUUAUGUAUUUAUUUUUAUUUUUUAGUAAAACAUUAAUAGUUCCAUUUACCUGCCUCCCCCAAUACAAAAUCCUGGCAAACACACCCAGCACCCUAACACAUACACAGCACCCUAACACCAGCACUCUAACAUUGACACAGCACCCUAACACCAGCACCCUAACAUUGACACAGCACCCUAACACACACACAGCACCCUAACAUUGACACAGCACCCUAACACACACACAGCACCCUAACACCAGCACCCUAACAUUGACACAGCACCCUAACACCAGCACCCUAACAUUGACACAGCACUCUAACACCAGCACUCUAACAUUGACACAGCACCCUAACACACACACAGCACACUAACACCAGCACCCUAACACACACACAGCACCCUAACACUCACACAGCACCCUAACACCAGCACCCUAACAUUGACAGAGCACCCUAACACCAGCAACCUAACACACACACAGCACCCUAACACUCACACAGCACCCUAACACCAGCACCCUAACACCAGCACCCUAACAUUGACACAUCACUCUAACACACAGCACCCUAGCACUCACACAGCACCCUAGCACUCACACAGCACCCUUACAUACACACAGCACCCUAACACUCACACAGCACCCUAACACCAGCACCCUAACAUUGACACAUCACCCUAACACAAGCACCCUAACAUUGACACAUCACCCUAACACACACACAGCACCCUAACACACACACAGUACCCUAACACAUACAGCAACCUAGCACACACACACAUCACCCCAACACAUACACAGCACCCCAACACAUACACAGCAACCCAACACACACACAGCACCCCAACACACACACAGCACCCCAACACACAUCACCCUCACACACACAUCACCCUCACUCACACAGCACCCUCAAAUACACAGAACCCUCGCACAGUGCCCUAACACAUAGCGCCCUCACACACAGCACCCUCAACACAGCACCCUCAACACAGCACCCUCACACACACAUACUGCACCCCCACACACUGCACCCUCCCACACACAUACUGCACCCCCCACACACACAGCACCCUCCCACACACACUAUACUCCUCACAAAUGCACACUACACCCCUCACACACAGCACCCCCCAAACACACUGCACCACUCACACACUCACUAGAUACUCCUGAGUCCUUCAAACACACACUAGAUCCCCUACACACAGAUGCUGCACCACUUACACACACACUACAUUUCUGACAUACACACUCAGGAUCCCCUAUGAACACACUAGAUACCCUUUAAGCAAACACAUAGUGUCUCCAUAAAUGGGAUACAGUGAGUAUUCCAAUUAUGGAAACCCCUGAGACAAGUUUCAAGCAAACACAAUGCAAGCAUGUUAUUAAAUUUGCUUGCGCUGUGCAGAUCAAAUACAGGGCCCCUUUCUCAUGCCCUGGAAGAGCAUUGAACCAACAUGCUCACUUUGAGAUGGGGCGUGCUUGUCAUUGGGGAUGACAAAACACACCCUAUCUGGUCCCGCCCCCUUUUCAGUGGGCCGCUGUAAUUAAAAAUGCCCGGGCCGAAUUUUUUCCCCAGUCCGGCCCUGGUGAGAUUAGGGGUGGUAUCCCCUUUGCUGCCAUAAUUUCUAAAGUAAACUCACUGUGCACUCAAAUCUGAUUGAAAAUGAAAGCAUUCUUCAUGUAAGCUCUGUGAGUAACAGCCAGGUGAGGUGUGGCUACAGCUGCAUGAAACAAAACAAAAGUGAUUUAACUCCUAAAUUGCAGAAAAUUGAAUCUGCAGGGACAUGAUCUAUGUACCAACACCGUUUUUUUAAUCUAAGGUUGUUUUCAUGCUUAGAGUCUUUCUUCGACAUUCAAACUCACAUUUAGGCUGAUGAUUUUAGAUUCAUUUAACUUUUACUGUGGUUCUGUAUUUAUUUUUAUUUCUGAUACGAAUUAUUUAUUUAUAAACUAUUUUACCAGGAAACACAAUACAUACAAAAUUUAACAUAGAACAGGUAGGAAAUAUAUAAUCAACCAAUACAGGCGCAUUCUGUUUUGAGGUAUGUAGAGAGGGAUCUCUUAAAGGACUUUAGGCUUGGGGAAGAUUUGAAAGUGUGCGAGAGGUUGUUCCGUAAUUGCGGUGCUCUGUAGGAAAAGGAGGAUCGGGCUGCUUUCUUUUUGUAUUGAGGUAGACUAAAUAAAGUGCUGGUACUGGAUCAGAGGUUAUAGGAUGCUGGGGAAAGCAUUCUGCAAAGGGAGGGUGGGAGUUUCCCAGAAAAGCUCUUAAACACAAGGCUGGAAAGAUGAAGGGUGCAUCUGGAUUCCAGCGACAGCCAGUUUAGUUCUUUUAGCAUAUCACAUGGUGGGUUACAUUGUAAUUACAUUGUAGCACAAAUCGUCAGAACGAGUUAUACAAUGUAUUGAGUUUAUUAAGGUGAGUUUGCGGUGCAGGUGCAUAUACUACAUCCCCAUAAUCAAUGAUUGGCAUCAGCAUAUUUAUUGUGUGUAAGGGUUGUGAGUAAUUUUUCUAUUAGAGUUAUUGAAUUUACAGUGCCUUUUUUACUUGAUUUUUUUUGUACUUUGUAUUUUAUCAGAAUAUUUAGCUUGAUUAUUUUUGAGUGGAAGAGAUAAAUUGGGGAAGUAGCCCUGUUCUGGCACUAUGUUCUCUGGUGCUCUUCCUUUUGUGACCAAAUUAUUAUUAUUUUAGUAGACUGUCCUCUAAUACCAGGCCUAUAAUUGUUAUGUUGUAUCUGUUGUUUCUGUCCCAUUCUUUCAGACUGUGUGCAACACAUGUGAAAUAACAUAUAACUUGAAUAAUAAGUUAUUAUUAACAUCUGAAUAACUUAUUUAUCUUAAAUUCAUUUAUUGAACUUAUUUUUGAGAAUGAAUGGGGAAGAAGCCCUGUUCUGGCACUAUGUUCUCUGUUGCUCUUCCUUGAGUGACCAAAUUAUUAUUAUUUUUUAUUUUAAUUUAUUUCUUCACUUAGAAAACAACAGGCUCUCUGUUUCAAAGAUGUAACUUUAAUUUAUGCCAACAUAUAUAGAGAUCUGCCAUCAUACCCUCUAGCCUCCCAUUAACAUUAAAUAUGGUCAUGUUCUUUUUGCCUUUACUAAUGUCCGCAGUUUAUAUUAAAACAGUCCCCCUCCAAUAAAUGCAGUUCCCAGAACGCAGGUGUUGCCUUGCCCUUUAGAUGAUCCUUGGCAAGCUUGGUGAAUAUCUUUUCAUUAUGCCAUGUUCACAUUCACUUACCUUACUGUGAAUAGGCAUUUUUUAUCAAACAAUGCGUAAGUCCUAAGUCUCAACAAGUGAAAUCCAACCUUCAAAAUGUAUUCACUGUUAGCGUAUUAAGAAACACAAAUAUGUUGGCCUCAAGCCUGGGUAUCAUUCAUUCUUUUCACAAAGCUCUACUCAGUCAAUUGGUUUUAAAUUACUUGCCAGUCUUUGUGUAUCAAUUUCCUUUUUUCGAGUUCUUUUGCCUUUGAUUGCUGAAAAUUAUUUUAUCAAAAAUAAAUAGCAAGACUAAAGGGUUUAAUAUAUAUAUAUAUAUAUGUACUGUACAUAUAUAUAAAUAAGUAUUGGGGGGGGCUAUGGGACGUAAAUGCCCUACCAUGUGAUAAAAUGUACAGUAUUCACUAUAGUCACAGAGAAAUCCCAGGCUUCUGUGUUGACGGACUGCAUAAAUCAUUUCUGACAUAAAAGCAGGCACUUCAAGCACAUUCCAGGUAAGAACACAACACAAGUCAUUUUGGUUUUAGCCUCAUUUUCAUGCCGUAUUAAUAUCCACAUUAUUUAGAUUUUUUUUUUAAAUAUAUAACUUUGUAGCUUUCUGCAGUGUAACUCCACCCAGUUAGCCAAUACUGCUCUUUUCACAAAGUAACUUCCUUAUUAGAUGUACUCAGCUCAGCCAUUGAGAGGCAAGUAAGAGCUGAGUUAAUGACAUUACUCCAUCCCACAUUCAAUAAUGUUGCUUUUAUUAUCUGCCUCUUUUCUCUUAGCAUGGUUUUGAUAUACUAUACAAGAUAAGAGUACAGUGAUUGGUUGUGAGUGAAGUCAGCAGCUCAAUCUCUCAUUGGCUGAGCUGUACUAUUUAAAUUCCAACCAGUAAAACAUUUUGUGGUAAUGGAUGGCAUAGCUUAGGGGGCUUUAGCCCUGUUUCCUAUUCUCUAUCUCCACUUUUCUUUAUUCUGUUUACAUACUUUGUAUCCAACUCCCCCCAUUCCCUCUGAUCAUCCAUCCUUCCCUACUAGCCCCCCUCCUUUCUCAACACCAUAACCAAAGCACUGGGUAAUGGCAUCGCCAGGAUUUAGUAUCACUCACUUCAGUGUUAUGCUUCCAAGAUCUGCAACACAUUUAUAUUUUUUCAGCAAAGGAGGAGAUUUGAACAGGGAGAAAAACUAUGCAUUGAUAUUAGCCAAAAUCUAUCAAAUGUACUUAAAGGGACACUAUAGUCACCAAAACAACUUUGACUUAAUGAAGCUGUUGUUGUGUAUAGAUCAUGCCCUUAAGUCUCACUGCUCAAUUACCUGCCAUUUAGGAGUUCAAUAACGUGUGUUUCUGUUUAUGAAGCCCUAGUCCCAACUUCCCUGGCUGUGACUCACACAGCCUGCAUGAAAAUAAUGGUUUCACGUUCAAUCAGAUGUAGCUUACUUUAAAAAAAUAUUUUAUCUCCUGCACUCUAAAUUGAACUUUAAUCACAUUCAGUAGGCUCCUGCAGGGUCUAGCACGUUAUUAACAGAGCAGGAGAUAAGAAAUUGUAAAUUAAAUAGAAUUUGAAACAAAGGAAGUAUAAACAUUAGAUGACUUCAGAGGAAGCGUUAAGGAAGUCUGUGUAAGUCACAUGCAUGGAGGUGUGACUAGGGCUAUGUAAACAAAAUGAUUUUACUCCUAAAUGACAGAAAAUUGAGCUAUGAGACUGCAGGGGCAUGAUAUAUACACCAAAACUGCUUCAUUAAGCUCAAGUUGUUUUGGUGUCUAUCGUGUUGGGAAUACAAAUGUAUAGUGUCCUGCUAAUGCUAUAGGCCAUACCCCUACCAUUUCAAAUGUAAACAUAUUAGUUGACUUACUAAUUAUAACCUAUGCAACUAAAAUUUAUUUUAGAACAAGAACAAUGUACUUUAUUGAAGAUCAAGAAGACCCAUUAAGGCUGAUAACAUUACAGAGAGAUUGUAUCCAAAUGAGUUUAAAGGAUACUGUUGAGCUAGGAGGGGGGAGGCAGGUAGAGUGGUAGUGCCAUGAAUACAGCUUUGUAUUCCUGGCACUACCGCUCUACCUGCCUCCCCCUCCCUUAUGCCCCUCCUCCCCGUUAAAUAAAGGUUACUUACCUUUUCCCGGCGACAAUGUCCAAUGAUGCUGAGUUGAUGUGCUGCCCCCUCUGACGUCCCACGAUGAGCAGGGUCUAAUGCACAUGUGCAGCAAAUGCUGUGUGCACAUUAGACCUCCCCAUAGGAAGGCAUUGAAUCAAUGCUUUCCUUGGGGGGAAAAUAUGACACUGGAGGUCCUCAUUUAGAGCAUGAGGACGUCCAGCGUCAGAUAACAGACAAAAGGUUCUUUUCAAUUCCCUCUAGUUGCUGUCCGGUAGACUGCUACUGAGGAGAGAGUUAAAACUGCAAUGUAUACAUUGCAGUUUCUAUGGAACUGUAAUGUUUUACAUUGCAGCACGAAGUGUAAAAGGGACCACUUCAAUGAGGUGAAGUUGUCUGGGUGCUUACUAUGUCCCUUUUAUUUAUUUACACAAACAGGCAAAGGAAUCUGCUUACUAUUGCAAAAAUCCAUAAAAUACACAGUAUUAAAUGUCACCUUGGUUUCUGUUUCCAUUUUCACCGUGGGUUUUGGCAGUCAUCUCCAUAAUGGGACAUGUUAAGAUUUGGGGGUUUUUUGUAAUGGGAAGAUAUAGAGAAAGAAGAAGAUCUAUAGUAAAACUAUGCACCUUCUCCUCAACAGAAACGAAAAUGAUAGAAAAAUGAGAGUAACGCGGGUUCAAUGAAAUGUUUAAGAGGGACAGAAAACGGGUUAAACAGAUUGUGAAGAAGAUUGUGAAGCAUGUUAAAGAAGGCUCUGAUGUUGUUUAAAGGGACACUGUACACACCCAGACAACUUUAGCUCAUUGAAGUGGUCAGGGUGCAAUGUCCCAUGUCUCUUAAUCCUACAGUGGUAAUUAUUGCAGUUUCUGAGGGACUUCCUAGAGGGACUUCCUGAAUUGAAACAGACCUUUGGUCUGUUAUCUGAUGCUGGACAUCCUCACGCUCUGCAAGAGGACAUCCAGCGUCAGAUUUUUCCCUAUAGGAAAUUCCUAAUGAGAGCGCGGCCAUUGUCGUGCAGGCGCGUUAGGUCUUAGGAGGAGCAUGGGCGAAGCCUAACCCAGCACCGAGGGACAUCAGGGCUGGAUUUAAGUAAGUGACUGAAGGGGUUUAACCCCUACAGUGUUGCGGGUGGGGGGCGGGAGGAGGAGGGUGUUAGGCAGGGGGCACUGUAGGACUCUAUAGUGCCAGGAAAACGGCUUUGUUUUCCUGGCACUAUAGAAUCCGGUUAAACACACCCAAUAUCUUAAUGCCAGUAUUUGACUUUGCAGUUUACACUAUAAAAGCAUUACUUUAAAAAAAUUUAAAAAUUUUACUGACUGCAGAUUAAAAUCCGAUAAUUUUUAGACCUUCUCGUCCCUUUGGCUGCCGGCACUGAAACAAUGGGCUCUCCGUGCACAGAUCAAGCUGACAGUAUGAGGAGGGAGCAUGCAUGUUUUAUAUGACCUGGACCUUCUUGCCUAUCUUCCUCCAGCUACGUCCAUACUCUGUCAGUUUCCUAGCUGGAUUUGUACAUAAAACCGCAGAGCUAUAGGAGCAGUAGUUGACCCGCCGGCCAUACAUUGGCUGACAUUGUCAGCUGACCUCUUUCAGCCCAUAAAUGCAAGUCUGCGGAUAGGAACAUUACACUUCUGGCAGCAAAGUAACUAACCUUCGUAUGUGCAGCAUUCCAAAGCGAAACACUGAACAUACAGACUCCAGGCACCAUGACCACUUUAAAUCAAUGAAGUGGUUAUGGUGCUUCGAGUAACCCUUGAAUGAGCAGAAUUCUGCAGAACGUUUAGCUGUUUUUUUGUUUUUUUUUGCAAAAACCAUGCAUAAUGGAAAAUACAGCAUAUUCUUUAGGUUGAAAGCUUUAAAAUGAAUCGAGUUAUAUUGAUGCUCAGAGUGUCCAGUGUUUAUCUAUUCUAUUUAGAUCUUGUUCCAGUGUAUUAAAAAUAAAUCAAACAACGUGAAAUUAUCUAUUUCUGAUAUUUAAGUUUUUUUAUUAGUGUGUGCUUUCCUUCUGACGCAGGCAUCAGGUGUUCGAGUUGAUGAUUCUGUUAUCCAGCUAUUUCAAGAAAUGAAGCUCAUGAGAUCUGGGAAAAAAGCUGUGUUUUUUGGAUUCAGUAAAGAUGAGAAAUUCAUCAUUGUGGAGAAAGGAAAGGAAAUUCUUUCACGAGACUGCAACGGGGACUUCUUCUCACGUUUAAAAUCAAUGUUUCCGGAGACCAAGUGCAGCUACGCUUUACUGGACAUAGAUUACAUAACUGGUGAAUCAAAGAAGCAGGACCUCAUUUUUGUAUUAUGGUAA